AUGCCGAACAUAGUCGUUGUUGGUGCCGGCGUGUCUGGAUUGACUACAGCUUAUCUGCUGUCCAAGGACAAGGCUAACACCAUCACCAUCGUAGCCAAGCACAUGCCUGGCGAUUACGACAUUCAAUACGCCUCUCCGUGGGCGGGAGCAAAUGUCUUGCCAAUGGCGACAGCCUCAAAUAGUCGUUGGGAGCGACGGACGUGGCCUCAACUGAAGAGACUUGCACUCGAGGUGCCGGAAGCUGGAAUCCACCUACAGAAGGCGCGCGUGUUGCGCCGGACAAAAGACCUCGAAAAGCUCAAGACCGGUGUAUACUCCUUUGACGGGUUGUUCAUGGAGAACCCGUGGUACAAGUCGCUCUUCGACGACUUCCGGGAACUAUCACCGAGCGAAUUGCCCGCAGAGAUGGCAUCCGGCUGCGAGUUCGGCUCUUUGUGCAUAAACACGAUGCUGUACUUGCCGUGGUUGGUAGGCCAGUGCAGAGCAAACGGCGUCGUGUUCAAACGAGGGGUGCUGAUGCACAUCUCGGAGGCUGCGUCGCUGAGUCACGCAGGAGUCAAGGCGGAUAUUAUUAUCAACACGACCGGGCUCAUGGCCUCCAAACUUGGAGGCGUCAUGGACGAGAACGUCGUGCCUGUGCGCGGACAAGUUGUGGUUGUGCGGAACGAGGCGCCUUACAUGCUUACCAAGUCAGGCACCGACGAUGCCGACGAUGAGGUCUGCUAUGUCAUGACAAGGGCGAAUGGUGGUGGGACUAUCCUAGGGGGUACUUACCAGAAGGGAAACUGGGAGAGCCAGCCAGACCCUAACCAAGCCUUGCGCAUCAUGCGCCGAGUCGUCGAAAUGAUGCCUGAGAUCACAAACGGGAAAGGGGUGGAUGGCUUCGACAUUGUUCGCCACGGUGUCGGACUUCGACCGUACAGGAACGGAGGCGUGAGGAUAGAGAAGGAGAAAAUCGAUGGCACAUGGGUCGUCCACAACUAUGGUCACGCCGGUUGGGGGUAUCAAGGCUCGUUUGGAUGUGCUGAGGGCGUGGCCGAGCUGGUUUCUGAGAUUCUCAAUAAGCCUAAGCUGUAG